AUGUCGGGCUUCUCCCGGCCCCCGCCCGCCGCCGCCGCCCCGUUAGCCCGAGCCCGCAGCCUCGUCAUCCAGGACGAUGACAAAGCCGAAGCGGUGGAUGAAGCAGCAAAUCCAUUCUCCUUCAAAGAGUUUCUGAAAAGCAAGAACCUCGGCCUAUCGAAAGAAGACCCAGCCAACUGUAGAAUUUAUCCCAAGGAAUCUUCAAGGCUGUCAGAACUUGAAGAUGAUUCAGCCGCUUCUAAAACCACAGGACGCAGCCUGGGCUAUCAGGAACCAUUUUUCCAAGACCCUACAGCGGCUGGGAGCUUGUUGGCCGGAAUCGAGGAUGACGACUGGAGAGGGAGUUACCACCCGUCGGCCGUGGAACAAACCCACGCCUCCAGAGUCGCUAUUAGCACAUCACCUUAUAGUACCUAUGCUUCGUUAUUUUCCCACUCAGAUGAAUUAUCGGGGAUUGAGUCUCUUGCCCCAUGGACCGGAAAUGACGAUGACUCAUUUCUGUCAACCAUAUCUCAAGGGAAUACAAACAAAGAUUUUGCUGCUCCUGAGGAAUUUUCAGGAGAGCGUCACUUUCAGUCUCUGCAGAUGAGCUACAAAGCCCUUAAAGAAGAAAACUACAAAUUAAGAAGAAAAAUUAUCGAAAUUCAGAGCUUCUCUGAUACUCAGACAGAAAUGGUGAGAACCCUCGAGAGGAAAUUAGAAGCCAAAAUAAUUAAGGAAGAAACCGACUAUCAAGACCUGGAAUCAGUGGUUCAGCAAGUGGAACAGAAUCUCAAGCUGAUGACCAAACGAGCAGUGAAGGCAGAAAAUCAUAUUACAAAACUCAAGCAGGACAUCAAUUUCCUCCAGCUUCAAGUGAUUAAUUACAAGAGGGAAAAUGAAAUGUUGCGAUCCGGCCAGAUGGCCAAUUUAACCGUGGUUAAACAGAACACAGAUGUAGCCCUGCAGAAUCUCCACACAGUUAUGAGCAACGCACGCACGUCAAUCAGGCAGCUGGUUUCUGGAGGAGAAACACUGAAUCUUGUUGCUGAGAUCCUUAAAUCCAUAGACAAAAUUUCCGAAGUUAAAGAGGAGACAGAAGAUGAGUCUCGAUAACCCAGUGAACUGAUUUCCUUCCCGACAGCUCUGUUUACAUUUCAAAAACACUACUUUCUACGUGGAAAGGCAGUUGUCUUCCAAUAUGCAGUUUCCACCCUUAGAAGCUAAGUGUUUUCCCUAUAAUAGUUAAGUAUAGAUCACGAAAUGGUAACUUCGUGGUCUUAAAGUGUUAUUAGCCUUGAAACGCAUUCGAGUAGUAAAAAACUAAUGGAUUCAUGUUGCACCUACAUCUUAUAUCAAUUAGCUACUUGGGGCGGAAUACAGGUGUACAUAAGGUUUACACGCUUCCUUAUAUUUGCUUGAAAGGAUAGAGACUCUUUCAUGCAAUUGCUAAAUCUGGAUAUGAGUUCUAGGGUAAACAUUGCUUUCAAUUGCCUGUUAAUGCUUCCUGGACACUAAUUUCAAGAUGGGCCAAAUUUUGUUUGCCCUUGAAGCUGUUUUUUGGCAGGGAGUAGAUGAGCAGAAGCAAUAGUAAGCUACACCAAACUACUGUCUUGAACCUAAGCCUUUUUUUAAAAAACAAAAACAAAAAAACCUCUUGGCCUGUUUAAUACCACCAACAGAUCUUUCCCUUCAGUCUUGAGCCAGUGAAUCAAGUCCUUUUUUCAGAAAUUUUGUUUAGAAUUUUUUUUUUUUUUACAAUUCUUCCGUGACACCUGGCCUGAAGCUCUGACUUUUAAUAGAUCUGUUAGGUACUACUACGCUGCCACAUCUAGUUGAUGUCUUUUGCCUCAGGCAUUGCUCAGUGUAUUAGUAUUACAUAGUGGUACACUGGUUAAAUGCACCUUUUUCAGAUUUUUAUAUUUUAAACACAUUUACCUGUGUGGAGUCAUUCCACUUUCGGAUUCCACUGAUUACAUACGAUGUAGGAUGCAGUAUUGUUCAAAAAUAUUUCUAGGUUAAUAGUGACAGCAUUCUCUAGGGUUUAUGUUUUUCAAAUUUUUCUACAAGCUAGCUAAGGGCACCCGAAUUUUUACAAAACCGUUGCCUGUACUGUGGAUGUAAACUUUUUAAAAUAAAAUUCCGUUCGGACACAUUUUAAA